UAGUUAUUGUAAGAGUUGCAGAGGCAGCGCGUGUUCUCGAGGAGAUCCGCUACCUGUUUCCCUCUCGGUUCUGUAACGUAGCAUUUGACUGAGUUCGCCGGUCGGAGGGGGGCGUCACCGCACUCCGGCGGACGUUGCGUUGGACAUCGCCGAAACUGAUCGGAAUCAGUGAUUAACAAUCGGAGAUCCAGCCAUCGAGAGGAUCGGAGAUCAUAAAAAUGUCGGCGGGGCCUCCUCUUUUUCAGGAAGCAGCACGCUGCGAAGUCUGCAAAUGCAGUUUCAACACCUUCCGGCGACGGCAUCAUUGCCGAUGCUGUGGAAGGACGUUGUGCCACGAGCAUUCUUCUUUUCAAAUGGCCUUGCCGCAGUUCGGUAUUCAUUCCCCUGUUAGAGUUUGUGCUGACUGUUUCAAUAACUCCUCUCAAUCUAGAGAUGUUGGUCAAUCACCAUCCUUAGCUGUWGUUGAUCAAGUUGCAGAUACAGUUUCCCAAUUAAACCUUGAUGCAGAUGUAAAUUCUGAGUCUAAACCAGCUGUGGAGCAUCAACCCGUGCUGGGCAUUUCAGAUUGCAAGUGUGGAAUGCCAUUAUGCAUUUGUGAAACUUCAAUCCAGCCUAUGGAAACAGAAGCAGUUCCUUCGCAGAAGAAGACAACUUCCACCUCUUUUCAGUUCAACUCAAAACCAAAGAAGUCUGAUUCCAAUCUAAAGAAUAGAGGAUCUACCUCCAGCAGCAAGCUUCGGAAUCUUGCAGAGGAAUCAAAGAUUGAUUAUGAAGCAAGUGGCGAGGGGUUAAGGGAAGCUAUCAAGAACGGCGACACUAAUGCUGUCAAAAAACUUUUAAGCGAGGGCGUGGAUGCCAAUUACCAUGACAAGCAAGGACUGUCUUUGCUGCAUCUGGCGGCAGUCUUUAAUCAGACUGACAUUGUUUUCGCUCUUAUUGAGAGUGGCGCUAGACUGGACUACAAAAAUGCACAAGAGAAAGUGAGCAUAAGGGAGAAGAUAGUUCUCUUAGGAGAGAGAGGGAGAGGGAGAGAGAGAAGGCUGCUUCUUUUCUUGAAUUCAACGUGCGGAGAUGAGGAUUCAAAACUUAGACCUUUUUGGUUUAAGACAUAUGCAUUAACUAAUUGAACUAUGUUCAAGUUGGCAACGAAUGUUUGUAUGGUACUUGUAGAUGCAAAGUAAAAGAUCAUAGGACCAAAUAACAUGUACAUUGCUUGAGAAUAACCUAAGAGAAAUGCUGAGAUAUUACAUAAUGUUUAUUCAU